CAAUCACCACACGGCUUGGGUCAUACGUCAUCACCCAGCGCCCAGAGCGGACCCGUCAGAGACCACAUCACGUGUAUUCUGUGUUGACGGUCGUCACCACCAGUGAGCUGCAGUUCCCGGACCCGGGCGAUUCGGUGUGAUCCCACCGGCCCGAGGCGGCUUCCCCGCAGCCAUGAGCGCUCCGGGCGUCUUGUCUUUCACCCAGCAGGCUUGGGAGCAGGUGUUCGCCAAAGUCAAGCGGGCCGUGGUCUACCUGGACGCCGCCUGCGCCGAGAGCCUGCACUGGAGCUGCGGCUCCGCGCGGCUGCUCCAAGCCGUGGGGAUUCCUCCGUGCAACCUGCGGGAGUUCUGCGCUCAGGCGACCGAAGGAGACCCCAAGCAGCCCAAAGCCGCGUUCGUGCUGAGCCGUGUCCUCAAGGGUCGGACCGUGGAGACCCUGCGGGACAUCCUCCGCCGCAGCCACUUCCAGUACUGCGUGGUGGUCACGGCCGUGGGCCACCCCGCCCACCUCGCCGCCAGCCACCUGCCUGCCGGGGCCGCGGCCGAGCCGGAAGGGCAGCAACCGGUGUUCGAGCAGCUGGAGGAGAAGCUGUGCGAGUGGAUGGGCAACAUGAACUACACGGCCGAGGUCCUCUACGCGCCCCUGUUGCUGGCCCCGGUCGCGCCGCAUCUGGCCCUGACCCCGGCGUUCGCCUCCCUCUUUCCCCUGCUGCCCCGCGAUCUGAAGCUCCUGAACGCCCGGCCUGACAAGAAGAAGCUGGCGAGCCUGGCCGAGGUGGACGCCUCCGCGCUGACCCCCGAGCUGCUCCUGCAGAUCAAGUGCCUGGUGUCGGGCCUCAGCGCCCUGUGCGAGCACCUGGGCGUCCGCGAGGAGUGCUUCUCCGUGGGUAGCCUCAGCCGCGUCAUCGCCGCCGACCUGGCCAACUACGCGCCGGCCAAGACCCGCAGGAAGACCGCCGCCGGCCGCGCCUCCGUGCUCUUCGUGGACCGGACCCUGGAUCUCACCGGAGCAGUUGGACACCAUGGAGACAACAUUGUAGAGAAAAUGAUUUCAAUUCUUCCCACACUUCCAGGCCACACGAAUGAUGUGAUGGUUAAUAUGAUAGAACUCACUUCACUCCAGACAAAGGAAGAGAAUUACAGUAUGAUUGCACCUGGCUGCCUAGCCCAGUCCAAUGACACACCAGCGAGAGCCCUCUGGGAGUUUUUACUGACCAACAAACACAAAGAAGCUCUGUUGGAAAUUAGGAGACACCUGGUGGAAGGAGCGAGCAGAGAGAACCUGAACUUCAGAAUGAGCAUGGGUCGAGUCACUCCUGCACAGCUCAACUCUUAUGUCCAGCUUUUCAAGAAAAACUUCAAAGCCUUGGAGAAUCACUGUGGUCUCCUGCAGCUUGGGCUGGCUGCAGUGCAGACUUUGAAACAUCCCCUAUCUGCCAAAUGGGACAACUUUCUGGCUUUUGAAAGGCUGCUUCUCCAGAGUAUUGCAGAAUCAUCGCUGCCCAAUGUAAUGAAUCAGUUGCUGCCCUUAAUUAAGUCUUUUAGCCAGAGGACCAAUGACGACUACAGCCCAGAAGACCUUUUGAUCUUGCUCGUGUACAUUUAUUCAGUUGUUGGAGAAAUCCCAGCUGACAAAGGCCUGGAUACAGCUGAAGAAAUGGUGAAGUUGUCACUAACUAUGACCUUCGCUGAAGAACCAGAGUUGACUCCUUUGCUGCAGAAAAUUUUAGGCUGUGAAUCUGCAAAUAACCUGACAUUUCAGAAGAUCAGAGAAGCUGUAGAUGAACUCUUUGAGUCACUCCACGAUAUCAGCACAGCCAGAAGUCUCUUGAAGCAGUUUAAAUCUGUGUAUAUUCCUGGAGACCAAAAACAUCAGGCGACCUAUAAGCCAUUGCUGAAGCAGGUUGUGGAGGAGAUGCUAAAUCCGGAGAGACCAGAUCCUGUCGAUAUUGAACACAUGUCCUCAGGCCUCACCGAUCUUCUUAAAACUGGAUUUAGCAUGUUCAUGAAGGUGAGCCGCCCUCAUCCCAGCGACCAUCCGCUCCUGAUCCUCUUUGUGGUUGGUGGGGUGACAGUCUCGGAAGCCAAAAUGGUGAAGGACCUUGUUUCUUCUCUGAAGCCGGGAACACAGGUAAUUGUGCUGUCCACGCGACUCCUGAAACCAUUUAACAUUCCAGAGCUGUUAUUUGCAACAGAUCGACUUCAUCCAGACAUUGGCAUCUGAGCCAGAUACAUCUGCUAAGAAGAUAAGACUUUACCAGGCUGGAAAUACCUGUACUAUAGUCUGUCACCAGUUGAGAUAUGCGGCCAAACUGAGUUGCCCUGUUACUAAUUGUAGGUAUAAUUGAAUUCUGCCUGAAGGCGCUGAUAAGCUGGGGGAGCUGGGGGGGUGUUAUGUACUUUUCUUUGGACCCUUUUUCUGUUC